AUGUCGGGGGAGAAAGUUUCCGUUAAAAGGCCUGUCUGCAGUCUGCACAGCAAGAUAUUCACACUAUUCUGUCUAGACCAUGAAGAGCCUGUGUGUUCGGUGUGUGAGCGGUCCAGUAAACACAAAACACACAAGUGUAUCCCAGUAGAUGAGGCUGCUCUGGAUCGCAAGGGGAUGCUCUUAGAGAAUGGACUGAAGCCCUUAGAGGAGAAGCUGGAGGGAUUUAUGGAUGUUAAACAUACCUUUGAACAAACAACAGAGCUUAUUAAGAGCCAGGCCCAGCAGAUAGUGCAACAAAUAGAGGAGGACUUUGCGAAGCUCCACCAGUUUCUGAGACAUGAAAAGGCAGCCAGGAUGGCAUCUCUAAAGGAGGAAAAGGAAGAAAAGCUAUUGAGGAUGAAGAACAAAGUUGAAGAUAUGAACAGAGAGAUGGCGUUCAUCCUAGAAGAAAUAGGAGGCAUAAAGAGGGACCUGGUAUCUGAUGACAUCUCCUUCCUCCUGACCUACAAGGACACACCGAAGCGAGCCCAGAGCGCGAGGCCUAACCCAGAGUUGGAUUCAGGAGCACUGAUAGAUGUGGCCAAGCAUCUGGGCAACCUGCAGUUCCAAGUCUUGGAGAUGAUGCUGAAGACUGUUCAAUACAAUCCUGUGAUUCUGGACCCCAACACAGCGCAUCCACGACUCAUCCUCUCGGAUGACUUGACCAGUAUGAGAUUCAGCGAUGGGAUACGGUUGCUUCCUGACAACCCGGAGAGGUUUGAUAACUAUCGAAUGGUCCUGGGGUCCGAGGGCUUUGAUUCAGGGACACAUAGCUGGGAUACGGAUGUUGGAGAGAAUACAGUAUGGUUUGUGGGUGUGGUCUCUCAGUCUGUCCAGAGGAAGGGACCAGUGCAGACUGGCCUCUGGCGUGUAGGUUAUUAUAACAAUAGAUACUGGGCCCGCAGCCAAACAGAGCCUCAGAUUGUCCUGACUCUGGAACGGAAACCUCGGACGAUCAGAAUACAGCUGGACUGGGCCAGACAAACUCUGUCAUUUGUGGACCUUGAUCAUAACACACACCUACACAUGUUCACCCACAAUUUUACUGAAAAAGUCUUUCCAUACAUCAAUAUUGGCAGUGAUGUUUACCCUGCCAGGAUCCUACCAGGGAAAGCCUCUGUUACAGCUGAACAGCGCUGAUCACUGGCUGGUCCAACCUAAUCUGUUGUUGUUGUGUACUGAAGCUGUGUGAGGCUGCUUAUCCUGGGUGCCUCCCACAUAUGAGAUCACAUGUUACACAGGAUUUAGUUUUGCUCAUGUAGUAUGUUUUUCAAAUGGUAAAAACAUAGUUUUAUUUAGACUAAAGUAAAAUGAUUAAUAGAAUGCAUUAAUAAAUGUAAUCCCUUAUCAAUAAAAACAAC